GGCAAUUGUCAUCUAAGGAGCAUCGAACUCACGCUGCAUCGGAACGAAUAAACGAUUUAUGGUGUUAUCAAUGUGAAACGAUGGAAGAUGGAGAGAGAUGUGCCAAUCUCACGGUAAAUUCCACCGCUUUUGGACACAAAUGCACUGGCGACAAAAGGACCUGCAUGGUAAAGCGAUUUUCUUACACUACCAGCACGGAAGAUUCAACCUCUAGCCCUCAGACAUGGUCGAUGGAGAGGAAGUGCACUAGUAAAUGUGAACCCGGAUGUAUAGUGAUCGGCGAACGUACGAAGCUGUCCGCUUGCACCACUUGUUGCGAACAAUCGUACUGCAACGUUGGCACCGGUGCUGCCAAUGACUUGACGAUAAAAGGGAUCGACUUGUUCCUAGCCUUGAUACUCCAAAUCACGUUGACAAUUAUCAUGUAUCCAUCC